AUGAAGAAGCUGCCCGACGAGGCGCUGUAUCGCUGCAUUUAUGGCCUCGCUCGUAUUCACACCGGCCGGGGCUCAAAGGAACUCCUGCGACGUGCUGAAGACUCGGUGACGCAGGCGUUGGGAAGAAGGCCUUGCCCCUUUGCCCCGCGGCAGUUGGUGAGACUUUGCUGGGCCAUGGCUCGUUUGGGCUGUCGAGACAACCGGAUCUUUGAAGGGAUUGAAAGUCGCAUCGCGGACGUCCUCAAUCACUUGCAGGUGAAGGAGCUGGAGGCCCUCUAUGGGAUCCUUACAGAGCUGAGCCGGGUACGGCAAUGGAAGCUGAUCCACGAUGUUGAGCGGGCCUUGGAGUGCCGCGAGGACGAGGCGGCCUCCUCCAACAAAUCUGCAAGACGAAAGCCUUUCCGUCGCCGCUGGACACGGGCUGACCUUAUGCAUUCGGUGCUGCAGCGCAAGUAG